GGAUGUUUGAAUUCUUGAUGUGAUGUGAGCCAGGCUGUUGGGGUCCCUAGAGACUGUCAGGUGCCUUGGGUCAUCGCCUCACGUGCUCAUCGCAUCUAUGGCGUGUUUCUAGGAACUUCCUGACCGCGUGAGUGAUCUUUGAAGGCCUUGCUGGCAGCGCGUGAAGUGUGCGGUUCGCCAUGCGCUACGACGAAGCAGGAGCCUUGAGAGAGUUCGACAUCAUGACAAUCCCGUGAGUCUCUUUGCUUGGCCUGACACGUACCAGGCAUCCAGUAAUGUAGAUUCGGAGAGACGACCAUCCACGCCCGUCUUUUUCUUUCGGAAUUAGUUUGAGCUUAGAAGUCAGGUUAACUCCCCUCCGUCAGAAGCGUAACUCAAGUAACAGCUCAGCAGCACCUACCAGUGUAGGAACUGUCAGUGUAGCACCUCUCGGUAUAGCACCUCUCGCCAUAGCACCUCUCAGCAUAGCACCCAGUACCGCGUACCAUCAGAACAGCAGGCAGCCAUGGACGAGCCGAGCCCUAGCCGAGUGAAGCAGCUCGCGUCUCGGUUCGAGCCGCAGGUGUCCAAGGUGCAGCGCAUCGCGUCCAUGUUCGAAUGCGAGCCGCCUUCGCCGUCCACGGCAGUCUCCCUGUCGCGCCGCGUGGGCGGCAACAGCACCGCCAAGAUUCAGUUCAAGCGAGUCCCGUCGGACCGUUCCCUUCCAGCCGACAAUCCCCAGCAGCCCGUCAGACGACCGCAAAUACCCUCCCCGAGACCAGCGGAGGCUCCUGCCUUGCGAAGCGAUCCUAGCAGGGACUUGGUCCCCGCUCCUGAUGGCGAGGAACCCGCCGGAAAGGACGUGGGGGGAGGCGGGGGGGAGGAGUGGACUGAGGAGGGCCUGGAGGGGAUGAGCGUGGAGGAGAUGGAGGCGCUGUGGGAGAUCAUGGCGCUGGAGGAGUCGGACGCCCGCGCCCAGCGCAUGGAGGCGCUGGGCUACGAGGCGGCGGUGGGGGAGGGGCGCGAGGAGUACCGCAAGGACGGCGGGGGCGGCGAGGGCGGAUGGUGGCAGGUGGGGUACAGCGACGGGCGCGCGGAUGGAGGGUGGAGCGGAGGGAGGGAUGUGGAAGGCGCGGGGACAGGAGGCGGGGAAACGGUUGAGGUGGUAGAUGGGGCUGACGAAAAGGGCGACAACAGAGACGAGGGCUCGGUAACUUCCGUGAUUCGGUCCAUCGAGGGGCUACCCAAGCAGAGCAAGCAGCAGCAACUCCAACCGACCUCCCCCGAGAAAGCGUCAGGCAAGUCGCGCAAGUCGUCAGGCGGAAAGAAGAGCCGGGAGAAGCGCAGAGGCGAUAGUGUGGCGUCAGAAACCGUCGCAGGCACGAUCGAACGGUUCAACGGCGGCGGGAAGGACCCUGGGCGACUCUCAGCGUCUCGAAUGACCUCGUCCACGUCAGCACCGUCGCUGGCCGUCGCUGCUGCUAACGCCUCUGGCGCGAGUGCGGGGAAUCGCAGCCAUGGCAUCACACGAGGCAGCACUGCUUCGCCUCUGGAAGGCAGGGAUUCGAGAAUGGCGAGUGGUGGGGCACGGAGGGGGUCUGAGGGACUGAGCGGGGAGUUUUCCCUUGAGCUCUCUUCCAGCCCGUCCGUCUCUGUUGUCGAUGCUGAGCUGUUACGGAAGAAGUCUGAGGUGGCGCGGUAUGAAACUGAGCUGGCACGGCGCCGUGCUGAGCUGAACCGACUGAGAGUUGACCUGGCAAGCGUGAGCGUGGAAAAGGUGCAAGCAGAGAUCGCACUGACCCGGCUGAAGCAGGAGAUAGAGGACUGGUCGUAUACCCCCCAGGAUGGUACAGGGGAGGGAGGAAGAGUAGAGGACGAGGCAGGGGAAGUGGUCGAAAGCGGUGGGUCAGAUGUGAAGAAGGAUGGGGAUGGAGGGACCAGCGAGGAAUCUUCCUCUCCCAGCCGGCUGAAGGCACAACUGGGGAAGGCAAGGCUUGAGAAUGAGCGGCUGAAGCGGCGGGAGAAGAGCCUCACUGCUGACGUGGAAUACAUAGAAACCAUGCUGGCGCAGGAGAAGGGUGAGUCAGCAGCGUUGCGGCGUGAGCUGGCAGAGGUCAAGCAGCAGAGAAAAGAUCUGGACCGGGAACUCUCAGCUGCCCGAACAGAACUAUCCUCCCUCAGGCGGUCAGCUGCAGUAGCCGAAAGACGGGCAGCAGCAGAAGAAGCAGACGCGGCGCUGCUGCGGCAGCAGCUGCAGAAGGCGCAGGCUGCAGAGAUGGGGCUGUUGGAGCAGCUGCAGCUGGCGACGAAGGAGGCCAUGGGGCUGCGGAAGACGCUGGUGUGGAGCAAGGAGACGCGGGAGGACGCGGAGGAGUGGGAGCGCGAGAUGCAGGGCAGCUUGGCGGAGCAGGUGCAGCGCAACGGCGAGCUGGAGGUGCGGGGCGGCGAGAUGAUGACGCGGCUGCUGGCGCUGGAGAAGGAGCUCGGGGAGGAGCAGCAGCGCCGCAGCGCUGCUGAGUUCCAGGCACGCGAUGCAGUGGCAGCGAGGGAGUUGUUGGAAGAGGAGGUGGUGGUGCUGCGGCUCACCAACGAGGAGAUGAGAGACGCCUGGAUGCAAGGGGAGGGCACACUGAAGAGCAAAGGGGAGGGCAGGGGGGAGGGUGGGGACGGGAGGAGGGGAAGUAACAAAGCAGAGGAUGAGGUGGCAGGCAAUGGGAGUGCGAAGGUGGUGUCGUGUGACGGGCUUAAGCUGGAGGUGCCUGAUCGAGUGUGGGACAUUCUGGACCAGGUGGAGGAGACUAAGGCGAGGGGCAUGGCGGAGCGGGACGAGCUGACUCGCCUGCACUGGCUGACUGCCUGUGUGCGCGGCGAGCUGCACAAGGCCAGAUUCGCUGCCAUUCGCGCUGCUGGAAACACCACCAACACCCACACCAACACCAACAGCACCACCAACCCCACCUCUGCCACCUCCUCGCCUGCUCCACCUCUUGUCCCUGCUGCGGGUACAGCCAAACCACCGGGCAAGGCUGUUUCAAAGAAGCUCUCCCUUGUGCUGGACUUGGAUCAGCAUGCUGCUGCGACUGCUGCAGCAGCAGCACCGCCAGACCCUGCAGCAGACAGUGCUGCCUCAGCUGCCUCUGCCAUGAGUGCGUCCACCACCACUGCCAGCACCCCUCGCACACCCCCUCACUCCACCACCAGCAGCAGCGCCUCUGCUGCUGCUUCAGCCGGCAGCAAGUUUGUGCGCUGGUUCUCCCACCGCUCCGACCGACCAGCUCACAGCAGCGCCUCCACUGCUGCUGCUGCUUCUGCCACCCUGGCAGGCGAAACUAAAGUUUCUGGAGCAGCAGGAGCAUCAGGGGCAGCAGAGGGCGGCGCCUCUCCCCAAGCAUCUGUGCCGGGGCCUAGAGUGGCCACUGACGAGUCGGUGCCUUGCUCCGCAACGCCAUCCCCUGCACCUGCCCAAUCUGCUCCUUCCACACCUGCCCCUGCUGUGGCUGCUGCUGCCACUGCCACCCCACCAUCUGGCAGGAAGCAGCACUUGCUCUCCUUCAAGCGAAUGACCUCCCACAAGUGAGGCACCUUACGGUGUGCUUUGUGGUUACCUCACUGUUACGUCAUCGUUACGGCACACGCAUCUUUGUUGUAGUUACUGCAUGAUCAGCUAGGUAGUCGUGUCUUUGGUGUGCAACUUGCUUAUGCCUUCCUUUUAGAGCAGGCAAUUAGUUUUGCCUUCUUGCUAGAUGGCGAAGGUCGCAAGAAAAAGGGCCCCUUUUGCGAGACUAGGAGUCCCCAGAAGUGUGUGCUAAGUUUGUAGUGUUACUUGCCUUUGCAAGGUGUCAUGGAUAGCU